CCGGUCAUGCGCAGACCUGUCUCCUCUUCCACCACCGGGCGGUGGGCGUCAGUCCAGGCAGAAAAUCCUCCACAACAAGGAAAGAGAAGAGAGACUGCGUCAGGUACCGACCUUUGUCGGCAUCCAUCAGUUGAUGCAAAACAGCAUCCAAAUGAAUCAUGAAUCAGGAAACCUUUCGUGGACACACUGGAGGACUUCCACAGUGAUCGAUAAGCGGUGAUCGAUAAGGCGUCAUGAGGCGUCUGUCCCGGCGGAAGGCGCUGAGCCUGGUGAAGGAGCUGGACGCGUUCCCGAAGGUCCCGGACAGCUACAUGGAGACCUCGGCGUCCGGGGGCACAGUCUCGUUGCUGGCCUUCGGGGUCAUGGCCGUUCUAGCCGUGCUGGAGUUUUUCGUUUACCGCGACACUUGGAUGAAGUACGACUACGAGGUGGACAAGGACUUCUCCAGCAAAAUGAGAAUAAAUAUCGACAUCACCGUUGCAAUGAAGUGCCAGCAUGUCGGCGCUGAUAUUCUGGAUCUGGCUGAAACCAUGAUUAUGUCCAACGGUCUGAAGUAUGAACCUGUGAUCUUCGAGCUGUCGCCUCAACAGAGACUCUGGCACAGAACUUUGCUGGUGAUCCAGAAGGGUCUGGGAGAGCAGCACUCCCUCCAGGACGUGCUGUACAAGACCGUCCACAAGGGGGCGCCAACGACCCUCCCCCUGAGAGAGGGCGCAUCCUUGGAGCCACUGAGCGCGUGCAGGAUCCAUGGGCACAUCUAUGUCAACAAGGUGGCGGGAAACUUCCACAUCACGGUGGGAAAGCCGAUACAGCACCCCCGCGGUCACGCCCACAUCGCCGCCUUCGUCAGCCACCAAACGUAUAACUUCUCCCACCGGAUAGACCUCCUGUCCUUUGGGGAAGAGGUGCCAGGAGUCAUCCAUCCCCUGGAUGGAACACAGAAAACCACCCCUAACAAUAACCAGAUGUUCCAGUACUUCAUCACCGUGGUGCCCACCAAACUACACACCUACAAGAUCUCCGCAGACACACACCAGUUCUCCGUCACAGAGCGGGAGCGGGAGAUCGACCACGCGGCAGGCAGCCACGGCGUCGCCGGCAUCUUCGUGAAGUACGACACCAGUGCCUUGAUGGUGACGGUGCGCGAGCAGCACAUGCCCCUCGGACAGUUCCUGGUGCGCCUGUGUGGCAUCGUGGGGGGCGUCUUCUCCACCACAGGUAUGCUGCACAGGUUCGUGGGCUCCUGUGUGGACGUUGUCUGCUGCCGCUUCAAACUGGGAGUCUACAAACCCACAGAGGUGAGGGUGAGUACUGACUUAACCCUGAGAAGAGUCCGGACUCAACCCCCUGAGGCGGGUCCUGACUGAUCCCCCAGAGGAGAGUCCUGACUAAACCCUAAGUUAAGUCCUGACCAAUAGCGUUUUCAUAAGCAGUCGCCAUUUAAAAUGAUUGUCCUAUGCUACUAAAAUAUUUAUGAUUACAUUGUUCACGGUUAAAUGGAGUCAAAAUAUUAUCAACAAAAAAAAACAUACACAUCUGUGAAAUACGUCCGACAGUCCUGUCUGUCAAGGAGUGGUAGUGGUCGUUUGCUUUAUCCAUCUGUAGUUUGGAGUUGAUGAGUCCUCCUGUGUAUCCUCCUCCUCCAGGAGGCACAGGCGAGCCAGCAGCAGAACGACCACCUCCCCCCUGGAGAGGAGGCCAGGGGCUAGGACCGGGGCUAGGACCGGGGCUAGGACCGGGGCUAGGACCCGGGGCUAGGACCCGGGGCUAGGACCCGGGGCCAGCACCAGGGCCAGUACAGGAGCCUAGGUCUGCCCAUAGUCCCACUGUUACAAAGAAAGAAAAUGGCCGUCUUUAACAACAUUUUAUACUCCCUGUUCGAUUAUUAUUUUUAUUAUUAUUAAGAAUAAUAAUAAAAUAAUGAUAAACCAA